AUGUCAGCAUUAUACAAGCCAUAUGUCUCUAAUCGCAAGACGACCGCUGCUGCCCCAACAGUCACAGAGUUCGACAUCUUAAAGGCCUCGCACAAGUUCCUACGAGAUGGCGCAGACGAUGAAGCCAGUACAUCAUGGAACGACCGGCUAGCGCAGAAAUACUACGAAAGUCUCUACCGCGAAUUCGCAAUUUGCGAUCUCAAGCAUUACAGGUCUGGAAACUUCAGUCUCCGCUGGCGCACGGAAACAGAAGUUCUCUCUGGAACGGGCGAGACGACAUGCGCGAACGCUCGCUGUCUCGAACACGCCGCGUCUUCUACUUCACUUACGACUCUUGAGCUACCAUUUACAUAUGAAGAGCACGGUCAAAGGAAAGAAGCUCUCGUGAAAGUCGUUCUGUGUUCGAAGUGCGUGCGCAAGAUCAUGUGGAAGAGGAAACACGAAAAGAGAAGCGAAGACGAGGGAGUGGAGGCUAAGACGGGCGAAAGUGAUAAAGUUAAGAUGGAUGAAGAUAGAAGGGCACCAAAGUCCAGAAGCCGCACGAAGGAUGUCGAGCUUGAUGGCAUCGAUGAUGAGCAGCAUCGCACCCGACGAAGACGAAGCUCACGUUCGCGGUCUCCGCGAGCUCACAAACGGAAUCGGGACGCCUCACCAACCCUAUUACCAACGAGGAACAGCGGUAGCUAA